AAUUAUCGUGUAAUUUUAACGAAAUUGUUAUCAAAAUGAUACGUAAAGGUGCAUGCCAAAUAGCCAGCUCGAUACACUCCAACAUUAAUGCAGAAGUACAUGAAAUUCCAAUGAAUGUGCUUAUCAGACCGUUUCCUCCAGAAGUAAACGAGGAGAAAGUUCAAAGCUUAAUGAACGCAUUGAUAAAUGUCGAAACAGGACAUACAGUACCACCUAUCGAUGUCUUAUGGAUUAAAGGAACCGAAGGUGGCGACUAUUAUUAUUCUUUUGGUGGUUGUCAUCGUUAUGUUGCUCAUCAACGAUUAGGUAAAAUGUGCAUUAAAGCUAAAAUAAUACAGUCAACAUUGACAGAUUUACGAUGUUACCUGGGAAAUUCCACUCCAGAUUUGAAAUAAUUUGGAGCUGGAUUAUUGACAUUUAUCAUAUGACCUAUGUAUAUUUCAUAUAUUAUGCACAUAUGUAAAUAAAAUAUUAUAAAUAAAAAUUCAAUAUAUAUAUUACUACUAUCCAUACAGAAAUUAAUGCAAUAAAACUUAAGAUAGUUUUUACUAACUUAUCACUUGAUAUUAACAUAAAUAUUAUACAAAAAGUUAUGUCAAUAUUGUGACUAUAGCAAUAUAUCAAAUAAAAAAUUAUACUUUUUUCCCAA